AAGCAUCAUUAAGCAGUACUGAAGGAGGCGAGGAGGAAAACAGUGGCUGGGGGAGAGGACAGAAGUUGGAUGGUGCUUUCCUUUGUCGUGCUGGCUCUGUGAUCACAAACAACGGAGAAGCGUGUCCUUAAGAAGUGCGGAAGUUAGGACCUUUCGCCAUUUCUCGUCUAUUCCUCUUCAUUUCAUCUAACAAACGGUCCACCAGAACCUGUGGCUACGAUGAUGGAAGAAUCAGUCACCGCGUUUGAGACCCAUCUGACGGCUGUCAUGGACAGUCUGAUCCGAGCCUCUGUCUGUGAGAUCACCAAACUCUUCCAGGAGACGGUGAACGACUAUCUGGUUGAGCUGUCCCUCAACAGGAAGGAGAACGAGGCUCUCAAACUGCGGCUGAGGCUUACCGAGAACAAGCUGAGAACCGAACGCAAGUACGGGCUGGGCUGGGCUGCAAACCGCCGCAACGCCGGGCUGGCGGGGGAGGAAGGAGCCGGAGGGCGGCAGAAACGCAAAGUUGAACAAGCCCGAGGCAAGUCAAAGAGGGGCCCGGCAGCAGCCAAAGGUUGGCCUGGAGGUGUGUGGGAGGAAGGAGGAGGAGGCGGUGGCGGCGGCGUUGGUGGGGGAGGCGGAGGCGGAGGAACUGGAGGAGCUGUGGGGAUGGUAGCAGGAGCAGGAGGAAGAGGGGGGAAGGAGGCCAGGGAGAUGUACCUCAUCCAGUUCCCCGGGGAUGACGAGGAUGAGGGAGGGAUGGUGGAGGACGAGGAAGGGGAGGGCAGCCUCAGCGGUGAGGGGGAGGAGACGGCCAACAUCAAAGAGGAGUACCCUCAAAUGGAGGGCUAUCAACCUGCCUCUCUACAGCUAAUCAAGGAGGCUUUGAAGAUGGAUCCGCCCAACCAGAACCUCCACUCUUGCUCCAGAGCCCAAAGUGAAGGUGAACUGUCAGACCAGCCACCAACCCUUCAUCCAGGGGAAAAAGAAGAGGAGGAGGACUGGGAGGUGGGUUCAGGAGAGCGAUCGGAGGGAGGCAUGACUGUGGAGGAGCUGAGAGGUUUGGAAUCAGCUCUCAGGGCUGAAAGAGGUCGAGAGCAGGCUGCUAUGAAGUCUUCACGUCCCGUCAGCCCUGACUCAGUGGCAGCACAAGGCAGUGAAAUAGGCCUGGCCCCCAAAUACAUCGGUCUAGAUGGAAUGGAGCAGGAUGGGGAGCACGAGCCUGAGCCGCCCACAUUGCAGAGAGAAGACCAGAUAGGACAAGCUAGGGUGAAGGAUGAUCCCAUGACUGGAGUUGUCGGGGGAGUGGAGAUAAGGGCAGGCUGGUUGAAGAGGAUGAGGGAAGGUGACUCAGGCGGAGUCGUAGCUGCAGAAGACAUGAGUGAGCAGGGAGAGUCAGAGCACCUUCCCCAUCUGUCUACCCCAGGAAGUGUUGGGGAGAGUGGAGGAGAGGAAGAGGGUGGUGGUGAUUUGCUUCACUUCUGUCCUCAGUGUGGAGGAGGUUUCACUUCAGAAGCUGAGCUGGAUGAGCAUCCCUGUCCGCUAGGUGGCGCCCAUUUACAAAGCAGUGGAGCAGAGCACAGCCUUUUCCCCUGUGCAUCCUGUGGCAACACAUUCAGCCAUGCCUGGGCACUUAAGAACCAUGAGUGUGCCUGUGCUGCAGAGAGACCGCACUGCUGCGAAAUCUGUGGGAAGCGCUUCACACACUCACGCUCGCUAGAACGCCAUCACCUUGUGCAUACAGGUGAGAGGCCACACCAGUGCCCGCAGUGUGGCCGCAGCUUCAGCCGUUUAGGAAACUUAGAACGGCACCAGCGGAUCCACACAGGUGAACGCCCAUACGGAUGUGAAGCCUGUGGAAAACGGUUCAGUCGUGUGGAGUAUUUAAAGAGACACCAGCUGAUACACAACAGUGAAAAGGCGGCGCUCCAGUGCUCCAACUGUUCAAGGAGUUUUAGUGACGUGGAGCAACUGAAAAACCACCAGUGUUUUUAGAGCGUCUGCUUGACAUAUGAGAUAAAAAAGGAAAAUAGCAGGUCUCAUUUGAAUGUGGUAGAUGUGGUAGAAGAUGAAUGUGAUGGAUCUGCAUCUUUGACUCAUGCAUUUGGAAUUGCCUUUACUACACACAGGAUGAGAGGUCUACUGAAGAUAAAGAAGCAGGCGGGUGUGGAUAAUUUUAUCCUACUUUUUGGUUUCUCUGUAGGAAGAGAAUCAGAAUCAGUCUCAGACAUUCAGCCAUUUUAAUUCUUUUCUCAUUUCUAUGUACAAAACUUAUUUAUGAUGCUCAGUAAAAUGUACAUUUGUAUGUUUUUAUAAUUCAUUCAGUCACGCUUAAACUGAUGGCCUUGUUUUUGAUGAUAUUGACAACAUGGUGUUUUGUAUGUUUGUGUUUUGGUCAUAUUGUUAAGAAAUAAAUAUUUCCAGAAACCA